GGCCCUGGAGUCGUGCAGGUCCUUAAGUGAUGGCAAAUUGCAGCCAAUCACCCGCUCGGUAGAAUGAAUGAUAUGCAGCAGUCUGCCUUUUAUUUGUCUUUGGCCGUGUAGGCAGUGUACCAGACGGUGAUGGAGGAGGUUAGGAUGGACUCAACAAUGGCAGUGUACCAGACGGUGAUGGAGCAGGUUAGGAUGGAAUCAACAAUGGCAGUGUACCAGACGGUGAUGGAGCAGGUUAGGAUGGAAUCAACAAUGGCAGUGUACCAGACGGUGAUGGAGCAGGACUUGGAGGAUACUUAACCACCAGAGCCAUGUACUUACUGUGACAACCUAAUCUCAAAACGCAUCAGCCACUUUGUGUGACGCCAUGUUGCGGCUCAUCACAUCUUCGCUGUGUGUCUAUUGCCGGCGGGGACCGAUGAUCCCAACCCUCCACAGAGCCAGGCCCUGCUCCAGCCUCACGCAGAAGGAGAACCAAGCAACGGUGGAUGCCCUCUACAGCCUGUCUGUUGACAUCCGCAAGGUGCGCAAGCUAAAGGGCUGGGUGCUCCACCAGAGCCCGGCGUAUGUGAGCGAGGCCGUGACCCUGCUACGUGGGCUGGGGGCCGAAGGUUCGGCGAUCGCCAGUAUCCUGGAGCAGCACCCAGAGGCGGUACUGUGCAGCCCCGAGCAGAUGGAUGCCCAGAGGGAGCUGUGGGGCUCCGUGUGUCCCAACGACAGGGACCUGGUGGGCAUCAUCGAGAAGUUCCCAGCCUCCUUCUUCACGUCGGCCUGCCACCACAACAACCAGCGGGACAACAUCCUGUUCUUCCAGAGCCUGCGUCUCAAUAAGCGCAUCAUCAGCAAGCUGAUGGCCAGCGCCCCCCAGAGCUUCAGCCGGCCUGUGGAGCACAACCAGCACAUGGUGCACACCCUGCAGGAGGCCUACCUCAGCCUGGGUGGCCAGCAGGACAACAUGAAGAUCUGGAUGCAGAAGCUGCUCAGCCAGAACCCCUAUGUGCUGCUCAAGUCGCCCGAGGGCCUGCGGGAGAACCUUCUGUUUCUGCGCGACCAGGGCUUCACCAGCGCCCAGCUCCUCCAGCUGCUGGCCAAGCUGCGGGGCUUCGUGACUGAGCUGAGCCCCGAGAGCAUGCGCCUCACACUGGACUUCUCGCGUGAGACGCUGGGCUGCGACCAGGCCCAGCUGCUGGAGAUCGUGCUCAAGUGCCCGGCACUGCUCUACUACUCUGUGCCUGUGCUGAGCGAGCGGCUCCAGGUUCUGCUGUCGGCCGGUGUCAGCCUGGAGCAGAUCGCGGAGGUGCCCACGGUGCUGGAGCUCACCACGCAGAUCGUGAGCUACCGCAUCGAGAGACUGAAGGCCUACGGCUACGACGUCCGGACUGGCAGCCUUGAGGCCCUGAACGGCACCAAGAAGGACUUUGAGGCGGGCUAUGGGAGGCUGCAGCUGCGACGAGAGCGGCCAAUCUUCAACCCCGUGGCUCCGCUGAAGACCGAGGAGUGAGAACACAGCUGGACACUCUUAUCAGCGGUUGAAGUGAUAUCCUAUCUGGUACAUGUGAACAUGCAGUGUUACUUACCGAUUAUCAGUGAGCAACAUGAUAUUGAUUCUGUGAACACACAUAACACCAAUCCUUGCACAUCAUUACUCCGUAUGUUACAUUGUUCGCUAUGUAGUUGAUUUUGAAAAAGGGCACUGUGAUGUCAAACUCCAAAAACACAUGAAUUGAUUCUUAAAAGUCCGAAUUUAUUUUAAUUGACUUCAUUUAAAUGUAUCUUUUGAAAGUUUGAUUAGUCCUCCCAAACAUUAUUACAUUUGUAAAGGUUGUUGUGCCAAAACAGAGCUUUAUUUUUUACUUAUUUUUGAUUUUUGAUGUCCUUCGUGGUACUGUACAGCAGAAUGUGUUUAAUAUAAUCAACAGUAUUCUAUAGAUGUAGCAGACUGAGGCUACUUUGAAAGAGUGUGGUAAUAAAAAGGAUAAUAAAAUAUCUUCUAAUUUAUCCUGAUGUAAAAUGAGGUAACAUUCAGUAAAACUGUGAAACAACACUACUCAGUUCUUUCAGCUGUUCCAUCAUGCUUGCUUGUGAGUUGCAUUGUAACCAGUUUUCUACCCCAAGCCAUUUGGUGCCAGUCUUGGGUGGAGCAUUUUCGUUGGUGUUUCAUAUCACAUGCUGUUUUGACACUUGAAAGGCUGCUAUUGUGUGAAUGAGGGCACUAAAGGAACACCUGAGCACAGACUGAACCACAGAGAUGUCUCCACUGAAUGUAAACGGGUUGAUAUUACAAUACAUUUUGUUGUGUAUUUAUUAAAUGAUUCACAUACA